ACGCAUGCGCGCUGCCUCCUGCCCUCGAUCGAGCAGAGUUUCAGUUUUUGGUGUGAAACAGUCAAAGCAGCAGUGCGUGUGUGUAGGUGUGUAAGUUAAAUCUCACACAUCUCAGGAAUUCACCUAUGUUUACAGCUCGCCAGAUGGCGUUUUAGAGGAAGUAAAGGGGCAGUAUGUAACCAGUCAUUGGUUAACAGGUGGUUUGAAAACUUCCUGCCUGUGGUGAUGCACCUUUCCCACAGUGUGGUUACAUUUGCACACCAAAGAUGACUGUAAUCCUUUUUUGUAGUUUAUAACCAGGAAUGCCUGUUUGUUUAGCAGUGAUUCAGAUAGGUUGUUCCAUUGAAGAAUAAGAUUUCUCGACUUCAGUUAAUAUGGCAAGUGUGUUUUCAUCGAUUUUGGGGUUCAAUUCCCUCAAAAAGAAACAAGCCAAAACUUUCAACGUCAGAAUUGUAACAAUGGAUGCCGAAUUGCAGUUCAGUUGUGAGCUGAAAUGGAAAGGAAAGGACCUGUUUGAACUUGUGUGCCGGACGCUGGGACUCAGGGAGAGUUGGUUUUUUGGUCUGCAGUAUCUUGUAAAAGACACCAUCGCGUGGCUCAAGAUGGACAAAAAGGUUUUGGACCAUGAUGUGCCCAAAGAGGAGCCAAUAGUUUUUAGUUUCCUGGCCAAGUUUUACCCGGAGAAUGCUGAAGAUGAGCUGGUGCAGGAUAUAACCCAGCAUCUUUUUUUUCUACAGGUGAAAACAAAGAUUCUGGAAGAGGAGAUCUACUGUCCCCCUGAAGCUUCUGUGCUGUUAGCCUCGUAUGCCAUCCAAGCUAAGUAUGGUGAUUACGACCCUAAUGUCCACAAGCCGGGCUUCCUGUCCCACGAGGAGCUGCUACCAAAAAGAGUUAUUAAUCUGUACCAGAUGACCACUGAAAUGUGGGAGGACAGAAUCACGAUCUGUUAUGCUGGACACAGAGGCAGAACCAGAGAUGAAGCAGAGAUGGAGUAUUUAAAAAUAGCUCAAGACCUGGAGAUGUAUGGGGUCAAUUACUUUUCCAUUAGGAAUAAAAAGGGAACCAACUUGCUGUUAGGUGUUGAUGCUUUGGGUCUUCACAUUUAUGAUCCGGAGAACAAACUGACACCCAAAAUCUCUUUUCCUUGGAAUGAGAUCCGAAACAUCUCUUACAGCGAUAAAGAGUUUGCCAUUAAGCCUUUGGAUAAGAAAGCCGAUAUCUUUAAGUUCAACUCCUCGAAACUGAGAGUCAAUAAACUGAUUCUUCAGCUGUGCAUCGGGAACCACGACCUCUUCAUGAGGAGACGUCGAGUGGAUUCGCUGGAGGUCCAGCAGAUGAAGACCCAAGCUAGAGAAGAAAAAGCACGAAAACAGAUGGAGCGCCAGAAGUUAGAGAGAGAGAAGCAGUUGCGUGAGGAGGCAGAGAGAGCCCGCGAUGAGAUGGAGAGGCGACUGAUGCAGUUACAGGACGAAGCUCAGAUGGCCAAUGAUGCACUGAUGCGUUCGGAGGAGACAGCAGAUCUACUGGCAGAGAAAGCGCAAAUCGCAGAAGAAGAGGCCAAGCUGUUGGCACAGAAAGCAGCCGAGGCCGAGCAGGAGAUCCAGCGUAUUAAGGUGACGGCAAUUCGCACUGAAGAGGAGAAACGGUUGAUGGAGCAGAAGAUGUUAGAGGCUGAAAUGCUCGCGCUGAAGAUGGCAGAAGAGUCUGAGAGGAGGGCAAAAGAGGCAGACCAGCUGAAACAGGACCUGCAGGAGGCGAGAGAGUCGGAACGCAGAGCCAAAAACAAACUGCUGGAGAUCACCGCCAAGUCAACGUACUCGUCUGCGCCGCUGUCUGGCAACGCUCUUCCUCCUGACGGCACUAACUUCAACUACAGCACAGAGAACCUGAGUUUUGACUUCAAAGACACGGACAUGAAUCGACUGUCCAUGGAGAUCGAGAAGGAAAAGGUGGAGUACAUGGAGAAGAGCAAACAUCUUCAGGAGCAGCUGAAUGAACUGAAGACAGAGAUUGAGUCAUUAAAGCUAAAGGAGCGAGAAACGCCGCUGGAUAUCCUGCACAACGAGAACGUUGAGAAAGGAACCAGCAAGCAGAGCAACUUUAAAAAGCUCACUCUUCAGAGCACCAAAUCCAGAGUGGCCUUCUUUCAAGAGCUAUAGCUGUCUAAACGGACCCGACUGUAACUUUUGUAUGUGAAUUUCUGUCAUUCCUGACUGACUGUGACCAUUCCAGUACGCUUCUAGCACAUUCCGGUGAUGAAGUCAUUCAAGUUUACAUUUAUUAGGAGAGACCGAGACAGUGACCUUAGUUUUGCUCUCUUACAAGCAUACAAGGUCUGAACACAAACUCUUAAGUAUGUUAUUUACUGAAUUUAUUCACAAAUCCAUUAUGAGGUCACUAUGGUGGACAUUAAAUGGACAAACGCUCCCUACAUUAUGUCUGUAAAUGUUCUUUGACUGCAUAGCGUAUCUCUUUGUCUCUCGUUCGAUACAGUAUUUGUUAAAAUAAUUGACCUGACGCUUUGGUAUUGCACCCUUGUGCCGUAUUAGAUUGCAUUUUAUUUUUGCUCUUUCUUAAAGUUUGUUAGAGUUUAAAACCAUUGAGAGAACAAAACACUAUUAUAUGUGAGUUAUAGUGCCUUUUUAACAGUAGUUGAGUUUUACUUUUCUGACAAUGUUUUAAAUUUUUUUUUA